AUGGCACCAGUUAUUUUACAUCUAAGAGCCGAAACUAAAGACCAAGAAGCUCGUGCGGCUUUGACUCCCGUCACAGUUCAAAAGCUUUUGGCAAAAGGGUUCAAAAUCUACGUAGAAGAGAGUGAUCAAUCUACCUUCAGCAUCGAUGAAUAUAAGAAAGCCGGUGCGGAAAUCGUACCCAAAGGUUCCUGGGUCAAUGCCCCUAAAAACCGUAUCAUUAUCGGAUUGAAAGAACUUCCCGAACAAGACACAUUCCCAUUGGUUCACGAGCAUAUUCAGUUUGCACACUGCUACAAAAAUCAGGCCGGCUGGAAAGAUGUACUGGGACGUUUCAAGAGAGGUCAUGGUACUCUUUAUGACCUCGAGUUCUUGGAAAAUGACCAAGGGAGAAGAGUCGCUGCAUUUGGCUUCUACGCUGGCUUUGCUGGAGCUGCUUUGGGGCUCAAAGAUUGGGCUUUCAAACAAACUCAUGCUGACUCUGAGGACUUACCUGGUGUGAAGCCCUUCCCUAACGAACACGAGCUGGUCAAGGAUGUCACUGGUGAUUUAAAGGCCGCGCUCAAGAAAGGCGCCAAAAAGCCAACUGUACUCAUCAUUGGUGCGCUCGGAAGAUGUGGCUCCGGUGCUAUUGACAUGCUUCAGAAGGCCGGCAUCCCAUCUAAAAACAUUAUCAAGUGGGAUAUGAAGGAAACUGCCCGCGGAGGCCCAUUCAAAGAAAUUGCUCAAGCCGAUAUUUUCAUCAACUGUAUCUACUUGUCCAAGCCAAUCGCACCAUUCAUUAACUACAAGCUUCUAAAUUCAGACAAGAGAAGGUUAAGGACCAUCAUCGACGUCUCGGCUGAUACCACCAAUGUUCACAAUCCAAUUCCUGUUUACACGAUUGCUACUGUAUUCGGUAAGCCAACUGUGCUUGUACCAACUACUGCUGGUCCAAAACUAUCUGUCGUUUCUAUUGACCAUCUCCCAUCUUUACUACCCAGAGAAUCCUCCGAAUUUUUUGCCCAUGAUUUGCUGCCUUCGCUGGAACAGCUACCUAACAGAGAAAGUGCACCUGUAUGGGCUAGAGCCAAUGCUCUAUUUCACAAACAUUGCGCUCGUCUCGACAGAGAAUCCAAAUUCUAA